AUGUCACAGAGCAGCUCACUAGCGUCGGCGAUAACUUCAAAUCGGUGGUCGGCCGAUGAAACGUUAUUUUUUAUAGGCCUUUUGUUUGAGUUACGGGUUGAAAAGGGGCCGAAUUCAGAUAACUCGAUAUACACACGGGAAGCUUUCCAGGACAUCCUCGUCAAGCUGAAUGCGCAGUAUCCUGAAUUCACCUAUGAACUCGAAACCCUUGAAAGAAAGUAUCAAUAUUUCAGAAAGUUAUGGGCGGUGUUUACAGAUGCAAAAAAACUGAAAGGGACGACCUGGGAUAGUUGUACCGGGAGGGUGGCGAUGAAUCGUGAAAAUGAGGCCAAGAUAAUUGAACGGCAUGGGCAGUACGGUCGCAGAGUUGUCAUCUGCGGCCUCAUCGUCGGUCAUGGAGUGACGAUUGAGACUUGGAAAGAGAUAUUCCAGCCUUCUGGUGUUCCUCUUGGUCGGUAUAUCAGAGAAGCAGGUGACGCUGUAGGCUUUGCCCAGGCUCGUGUGGAGGCACGGGCGACGAGGGCGGCGGCGAGGAAGAGGAAGAGGACGCCGGAAAACAACGAAGCAACGGAUAGCUUACCUGCUUUUUCUGGUCUUGUGGGUAAGGGGGAAAGAGAGCAGCCGCCUUCACAAUCACGAAGGUCAUCAAGAAUGUCGGGCAGCUCAUCUAGCGGCACUGCUGCAAAAAGGCCAAGAAACGAGGAAGAACCAACGCCAUUGCAAAGAGUAAUUUGUGAAAUCACGACUAAAUUAUUAUCCAACGACAAACCCAGGACCUACGUGCAUAUUAUUCCGUCACGAAUUGAAGGCCCAGUAGAUACCGAAAAGGCAUUACAUAGUUGUUUCGCUCUUACGGAAGAACGGGGAACGGCCUUUGUGAACAAAUUAGCCGAUUGGAUUCGUCAGGAUCCGAUGAACGUUUUGACGUGGAACGCCUUGCCAUCAAAAGAGGCGCGGGAUGCGUGGCUUGCACACAUUAUCAAGGAGGAUUUGUGA